GCGAAGGUGGCGUUGCUGCAGGCCCGCCCCAGGCAGGGCAGCGGGGAGGCUGGGGACAGGACCAGGACAGGACAGGACGGGCGCAGCAUGCGGAGCGCGUGGUCGUCGCUGGCCACCGUGUUGUCGGUGCUGGGGAUGUCGACCUACAAACGGGCCACUCUGGACGAAGAGGACCUGGUGGAUUCGCUCUCCGAGGGCGAUGUGUACCCCAAUGGCCUGCAGGUCUUCCUUGCCUCAGCCUGCCAGCUGCCAGGAUCACAGGUAAACUUCCGCAGCCCCCGGAGUGGCCAGAGGUGCUGGGCGGCGAGGACCCAGGUGGAGAAGCGGCUGGUAGUACUGGUGGCGAUUCUGGCGGCAGGGCUGGUGGCCUGCCUGGCAGCACUAGGCAUACAGUACCGGACAAGAAUGUCCUCAGUAUGUCUGAGCGAGGCCUGCGUCUCAGUGACCAGCUCCAUCUUGAAUUCUAUGGACCCCACGGUAGAUCCCUGCCAGGACUUCUUCAGCUAUGCCUGUGGAGGCUGGAUCAAGUCCAACCCCGUACCUGAUGGCCACUCACGCUGGGGGACCUUCAGCAACCUCUGGGAACACAACCAAGCCAUCAUCAAACACCUGCUCGAAAAUUCAACAGCUAGUGUGAGCGAGGCAGAAAGGAAAGCUCAAGUAUACUACCGAGCGUGUAUGAACGAAACCAGGAUUGAGGAGCUCCGGGCCAAGCCGCUGAUAGAGCUGAUUGAGAAGCUUGGAGGCUGGAAUAUCACAGGACCAUGGGCCAAAGACAACUUCCAGGACACGCUACAGGUGGUCACAGCCCACUACCGCACCUCACCCUUCUUCUCUGUCUAUGUCAGUGCUGACUCCAAGAACUCUAAUAGCAAUGUGAUCCAGGUGGACCAGUCUGGCCUUGGCUUACCCUCCAGAGACUAUUACCUCAACAAGACGGAAAACGAGAAGGUGCUGACUGGAUACCUGAACUACAUGGUCCAGCUGGGAAAGCUGCUGGGCGGUGGGGACGAGGACUCCAUCAGGCCCCAGAUGCAGCAGAUCCUCGACUUCGAGACAGCACUGGCCAACAUCACCAUACCCCAGGAGAAGCGGCGGGAUGAGGAACUCAUCUACCACAAAGUCACAGCCGCUGAGCUGCAGACCUUGGCACCUGCCAUCAACUGGCUACCCUUUCUCAACACCAUCUUCUACCCUGUGGAGAUCAAUGAAUCCGAGCCCAUUGUGAUCUAUGACAAGGAAUACCUGGAGCAGGUGUCCACCCUUAUCAACAACACAGACAAAUGCCUGCUCAACAACUACAUGAUGUGGAACCUGGUACGGAAAACAAGCUCCUUCCUUGAUCAGCGUUUUCAGGAUGCUGAUGAGAAGUUCAUGGAGGUCAUGUACGGAACCAAGAAGACCUGCCUCCCUCGAUGGAAGUUUUGUGUGAGUGACACAGAAAACAACCUGGGCUUUGCUUUGGGGCCCAUGUUUGUCAAAGCGACCUUCGCCGAGGACAGCAAAAGCAUAGCCAGUGAGAUAAUCCUGGAGAUCAAGAAGGCAUUUGAAGAGGGCCUGAACACCCUGAAGUGGAUGGAUGAAGAUACCCGGAAAUCGGCCAAGGAGAAGGCUGAUGCCAUCUACAACAUGAUAGGCUACCCCAACUUCAUCAUGGACCCCAAGGAGCUGGACAAAGUGUUCAAUGAUUACACCGCAGUUCCAGACCUCUACUUUGAGAACGCCAUGCGCUUUUUCAACUUCUCAUGGAGGGUCACAGCUGACCAGCUCAGGAAAGCCCCCAACAGAGAUCAGUGGAGCAUGACCCCACCCAUGGUGAAUGCUUACUAUUCGCCCACUAAGAACGAGAUUGUGUUUCCUGCUGGGAUCCUGCAGGCGCCGUUCUACACCCGCUCCUCGCCAAACGCCUUGAACUUUGGUGGCAUUGGUGUCGUCGUGGGCCACGAGCUGACUCAUGCUUUUGAUGAUCAAGGACGGGAGUAUGACAAGGACGGGAACCUCCGGCCCUGGUGGAAGAACUCAUCAGUGGAGGCCUUCAAGCUGCAGACCGAGUGCAUGGUGGAGCAGUACAGCAACUACAGUGUCAACGGGGAGCCAGUGAACGGUCGGCACACCCUUGGGGAGAACAUUGCAGACAACGGGGGCCUCAAAGCAGCCUACCGGGCUUACCAGAACUGGGUGAAGAAAAAUGGGCCUGAGCAUACGCUGCCCACUCUGGGUCUCACCAACAACCAGCUCUUCUUUCUGGGAUUUGCACAGGUCUGGUGCUCCGUCCGCACACCAGAGAGUUCCCACGAAGGCCUCAUCACAGACCCCCACAGUCCCUCCCGCUUCCGGGUCAUUGGCUCCCUCUCCAACUCCAAGGAGUUCUCAGAACACUUCCGCUGCCCGCCUGGCUCCCCCAUGAACCCUCAUCACAAAUGUGAAGUCUGGUAAGGGUUGAAGCACAGAGAGCAGAGAUGGAGGAGGGAAAGGAGCUGAGACCCAGCCCCUGGCAGGGCUGUGGAGUCGCCCCUCCUUCCAGCCCCUCGGCCACCUAGGGCCCCUUCCCUACCCUGAAGGGUCUGUAGCCAUCCUGUCCCAGCCUGUGAUGGAAGUUCUCAACUGAACCCAAGAUUUGACAACCCUGCGAAGCCCUGGUGUCCCAGGCUCCCGUGUGUAAUGCUAGCGAACGUUUAGGUGUCGGGCUGGUGGCUUACCAUGCCUGGGCCUCAUACCUACAAGGGCAAUGGGACACAGCCCCUGGCCCACAUCCAAUGCCAGAUAUACCACAAUACCACUGUGUCAAAUGCUUUAAAGAUAUAUUUUUGGGGAAACUAUUUUUUAAACAUUAUGGAAUACACUGGAAAUCUUCAGGGAAAAAAUGCAUUUAAAACACUUUUUUUUUUAAGGGAAAGAUUGGUAUAUUUAUUAUGUUCUGUUUUUCUAAAUAACCUGUGGACAAAGGAAACCCAGUAAUUUACCCCAGGGGACUCCAGGCCACUGAGCACAUCCCCCACAUUGAUAGCUACCUUAGUCCAUAGGGUAUGCGAUUGUUUCUGCAGUCUCCUACACAGACAGGAGAUGUAGGGACCAAGCAGAGGGAGAAGCCAGCCAAGGGGCACAGCUCAUGGGCACAGCCCCUCUCAGCUUACCUGUCCUGUCUCCAUGGGAGCCCCAGCAAGGAAGGGCUGAUGCCAAAAGUAGAUGGCUGUGACAGCAUGAGGCCAGAGUAGGACCCUCCAUAUAACCUGGGGGUACCUGAGUACUCUGGGCUAGACCAUAGAAGCCCCACGGGGCUGGGACCUCCUCUACCCUCUAUCAGAUUCACUGCUGUCCAAAGAUGGCCUCUUUUAGCCCCAUCUCUUCUGGCCAUCCAUGCCUACCCUUGGGACCUGUGGCCUCUUUGUAGCAAUCCCUACAUCCCAAAGUAUUCUACCUUGCUGACCCUCUUUACCGGGGGAAAGAAAAAGAGAAAGCAGCCCACAUCCUCCCUCCAAGCUCUGCAGCCCAUAGCUGGUUCCCAGGACCGGUUCUCUAGUGCCUUACCUGAGGCUGUGGCCCCUGGGCUCCACUGAGGAGGCAGCCCCUGCCUGAGGCCCUUGGUCUCCUCGGUGGAAUCCUCAAGUAUCCUGACUGGAAGCCAAGGCCAUAGCCCUAUCCCCAGGGUCCCCAGGGCUACCCAUCCCAACCAGCCUACAGGGCAGUCAUUCCAGGGUCAGGAACUGCUGACCUUUCUCAGGCCUCCAGCCACCUGUGGCACUUAAGUUGAAUCAAACCAAGGUGGAGAGACUCCUCUCCUUCAGGGUGCUGUGAGCCAGGGGGGUUGCUGAGAACAGAAGUUUCCCCAGCCCCUUCUAGGGUACAGGAAUGUCAUCCCCCUCCCUGAAGCCAGUGUCAUCCAACAGCAGGUGAAUGUGUUUGUGCCAGGUGGCACUCAAGUGAUCCUUGUGAUUCUCCUGUAGGGAGGCAAGCCCCCGUUAUGAGGAGAGGGCAGCCAAGCAGUGCCCACCACAGCCCCUGGCAAGCCCUGCCCCACAUUGCACACCCCUCCCCCCGGAAGCCAAAGUCUCCUCACCCAAGAAAGCACAGACAAGGUAGUCUUGAUCCAGACAGCUUAGAGUCAACCUUAGAGCUGGGGCAAGGGGUUGGGAGCGGGCUCUAGAUGUUGUCCCUGGUCCCUGUAAGGAAGUCUGGUAGCUCUUCAGGGUAAAGAUAAGGCAAGAAUCAGGGAAGGAGCCAGAACCAUGCCCUGCCUCAUAGAGGUGGACCUUCCAGGCCUGGGUCCUUACUGUCACCUGUACCCCACCCUGCUGCCUCCCUAUGGAGGUGUGGUCCUGGAAAGGGUGAACACCAAGAGCCAGAAGCAGGGGUCCUGGGCUGGGGCUCAGCCCCAGGAAGGUAGACUACACUCAUCAUCAGGGUAUAGGGGCAGGAGAGAAGGGAACCCAGAUCCAACAGGGAUGGAUGUGUGCAAAGGCACCCCACCCUGAGAUUCAAGAAAAACAGAAGUGAAUGGGGCAGCUGUCCUCAGAGAGACCCCCCCUUUUAAGUUUGGGAGCUUCCCUGCGGGUACAAGGACUUGAGGUUUGGAAUUUGGGAGUCUAUUUUUUGUAUUGUUAUGUUUUGUGCUACUCCGUGUAGUUUUGGUGUUUCACUAUUGUAAUUAAAAUAAAGUACUUGUACCAAAA